AUGGAAGCUAAUGAUGAUCAGGUUCCAGGUAAUGCUUUUGAAGAUUUUAUGAAACCAAAGCAUUUUAAAAAUCCAAGCAAUUCACCUUACCCAGAGCAAUAUAUGUUCCAAAAACGUAGAGAUCCAAAUGAGUUAGUUAAAAGUUGUGGUAGACUCCUUAUUGAUAGAGCUAAAGAAGUUUGUAUGAAAUGUGAUUCAUACAAUUGGAAAAACAUAGGUAGGAAAUAUUCAUUAGCUGAUCAUUGCUGUAAAAAAGAAUGUUCUGAUAAUCAAAUUGCUACAACAUGCUGUAUAUGA